AUUAAUUUCCAUUUUAACGGUCACAUUUUCCUCGUUCUCCCACGAAGAGAAGAUACUCUCUAUCGCUCAAUCUGAUCUGAUUUUGUUUCCAUCUCUCAUCCGAUUUCGUUCGAUCGGCUAUCAUGAUCGCUGCCGGCGCAAAAUCGCUUUUAGGGCUUUCGAUUGCAUCGCCCAGAGGGCUUUCCGAGAGCAAUCCGUUGAGUAAUCCGAGGUCGGUGGGUGUUGUUCGUGCUUCGUCGUCCAUGGAGGGUUCGCCUACGGUUAGUCUGGGCACGAACGGGUCUCUUCUCGAAGAGAAAUUGGUGAACGGCCAUGCGGGGAAAAAACUUGGCCCGCUGUCUACUGUCGGAAACUCAACGAAUAUAAAGUGGCAUGACUGCCCAGUUGAGAAAAUUGAUCGGCAGAGAUUGCUUGACCAGAAAGGAUGCGUCAUUUGGAUCACCGGUCUUAGUGGUUCAGGGAAGAGCACUGUGGCUUGCGCUUUGAACCAGAUCUUGUACCAAAAGAGCAAGUUGUGUUAUAUCCUUGACGGGGAUAAUGUAAGGCAUGGAUUAAACCGUGAUCUGAGCUUUAAAGCAGAAGACCGAGCAGAGAACAUUAGAAGAGUUGGAGAAGUAGCCAAGCUUUUUGCGGAUGCUGGAGUUAUUUGCAUUGCUAGUCUAAUAUCUCCCUACAGAAGAGACAGAGAUGCUUGUCGCAAGUUGCUACCAGAAGGAGAUUUCGUCGAGGUGUUCAUGGAUGUACCACUCGAGGUUUGCGAGGCAAGGGAUCCCAAGGGCUUAUACAAGCUUGCCCGAGCGGGAAAGAUCAAAGGGUUUACGGGGAUAGACGAUCCCUACGAGCCACCGUUGAACUCCGAGAUCGCUCUGAAACACGAAAGAUCGGGGACUUCGCCCAUCGAAAUGGCUGAAACAGUGGUUGAAUACUUGGAGAAGAAAGGGUACCUUCGGGCAUAAGCAACCCUUGUUUCCACCGUCAUCAAAUUAGGUCAAGAAACCAUGAAGCAAAGCAAAAUCCAUGGCUGCUGCGUUAUGGUAAGACAAGUUCCACAUGUACUAAUAAUAAUAAUAAUAAUAAAAUAAUUUUUAGUAAUGCUUUCUUCCUAUAAUGUAGCCUUGUAUAUAGGGUAAAGAUUAAUUAUGUAUCAACAUUUUAAUACAUUUUUGUAUGCGAUUAAUGAAUGAAUAAUCUGAAUUUCACGUCAA